AUGGCUGAUGUCGAGAUGAAGGAAGCUGCCGCAGAGCCCGCGGCCAAGGGCAAGGGAACUUCCAAGUCCGAGGGUGCUAAUGAUGGAAAGAAGAGAUUCGAGGUCAAGAAGUGGAACGCGGUUGCUCUCUGGGCAUGGGAUAUUGUUGUCGACAACUGUGCUAUUUGCCGUAACCAUAUCAUGGAUCUGUGCAUCGAGUGUCAAGCAAACCAAGGCUCGUCCACAAAUGAGGAGUGUACAGUUGCAUGGGGAAUUUGCAACCACGCCUUCCAUUUCCACUGCAUAUCCCGUUGGUUGAAGACUCGUCAAGUCUGCCCCUUGGAUAACAGAGACUGGGAAUUCCAGAAGUAUGGUCGGUAA